AUGCCACUGUCAUAUGAACGAUAUAUGAACUUGGUCUUUCACCGGGACUCAGUUUUGGAGCCCGUACCGCAAGAAAUCUCGCGAAAAAUUGUAUCUGGAGCUGUAUCACCAGUAGUCACCGUCACAUCAAAUGACCUACUAGACCAACAUAUACAGGAAUUUUAUGGUCUUGAUAGUUUGUACAUGCUGCUCCGGCAUUUUGGGGACUGUAUUUCCGAUAGGGCACAGGCUGACAACGACGACCCAGAAGUUACCCCAGAUGACACACCAAAACCUUCAGGCGCGCUUCUAACACCAAACGUAAAGUCCAGAGCUCGCAGUAGGUCCAAUAGCCUGUUCCAACGGUCUUCUUCGCAGUUUCUGCGGUUCACGAGACCUUUAACGGACCUAAUUGGCACUCGAGAAUCUCACGAUUUGUUGUUCGAUUAUCAUUCUCUUGAAGUCUUUCUGCAACACUACUUGAAUUUGAUCGAGGAAAGAACUACUGCAAAUACACCGCAUAUUCUACUACAGCACUCCCUGUAUCACAAGUUUUUCACAACGGCAAUAUCAUCAACCACACAUUUAUCCCCCUACGAAUCGUUCAAUCACCCUGUAGCGUCGUUACUCGCCCUGGAUAUAACCAAAGGUCAAGACUACGAAACGGCUAGGGAAUUGUUGGUCUCAUUCAAAAAUAUGCAUAAUAGUACCCCACACUUCCCGGCUUUCAUUAACGUUAACGAUGUACUGCCCGUGUUUUUACUCUGUUACGAAGAAGAUUCCCGCGAGCAAUUCGAGAAAUGUCAAUCCUUAGCCAAAAUGCUUCAAAAGCAGUUAUUUGUUGAGAGUCUUUUACUUCCACUAUGGAAUAAAGAUAAUGCUGCCGUCAAGCGUGUGUUACGCCUGCCGGUUAUGUCGUCGCUCGAGGAGACAAUGCUCUCCACGAUGAAUGAAAAACAAUUUGAGCUUCCUCUACCUUUGAUCGAGACCAUAUACGACAAAUUGAUAGUUUUUGCCGAAGAAUUGAUGAUACCUUUCAUGAAGCGCAAGAUUUCAUUUUGGGAAGAAACUAUCCUACAACCUCGCAAAUCUAUCUUCCCCAAUUCCAAGUUUUUCCGGAAGCUCAUAACGAGAAAUCCAGCUCCUACGGCAAACAAUGAUUCUGCCACUCAUAACUCUCAAGGUCUUGCUUAUUUUGCUGCGACUUCUAAUGAAUUCUUGCUACGCAAGCUAGCAGAUUGGUCGUUUAUGCUCUCCGAUUACAAGACUGCUUACUCCACUUAUGAAUUACUUUCUAAAGAUUUUGAAACAACUCCGGAGUAUCUGGCAUCGUGUCUUGAAUGGUGUGCACUCUCCGUGCUGAUGGGUGCCCAGAGUAUAGUUACCGUGAAGAUGAUUAAGAACGAUAUCGACCCACUGAUAACUCGAGCACUGAAAUCGUACGAGCUGUCAGCGACAAGGGCUAAAGAAAGAAAUGCUCUUAUCAAGAGUACCAAUAAAAAGGCCAGUGUACCAGGUACAGUUCAAGAAUCUGAAGCCAAAGCUAUCGCUGACGAUCAAGCAACAUCUACACCAUAUCAAUCUGCACAAAGUUACGAAACAAGAUGUAUGCUUUUGGCAGCAGAGCUUUUUUUGAGCUUGAGUGAUACAUGGACAGCAACGCCAUACGCCAUCAAAUAUUUGGAGACGAUUUUGGACGACUGCACCGUGGGCACUUUAUCAGAAGUUGUAAUUUGGGAAAGGCUUGCCCAAUGUUAUGCUUCGAGAAUUGAUCCAAGAAUCAAAAGUAGAAAGACCUUGACAGACAUCCGUGGAACUGAUGACUUGGAAAAAGUUAAUGAAGGUGAAGAGUUAUCUGAUGCCGACUCUGAUGAUGAAGGCCAACCAUACAAACACAAAAUUGAACAGGAUUGUGUGAGCGCAAUAGGGCUCACAAGAAAACGAAAAUCUGCAUUAUUUCGCCUGAUAGCUGCAAAGAAAUGGGUCGAGGCAAAGCAAUGGAGACAGGCUUCUUGGACCUUCAGAGACGUCGAGUUGAUGUAUGCGGAUUCAAAAAUCGCCCACAGAAAAACUUCAACCUCGAUACUCGACCGUCUACGAACUGAGAUUCAACGUCAUGAGUCGUAA